UAAAGCGACAGGCCCUACGGCGCACCGGGGCUCCACCGGGCACCGCAAAGCGGCAGCGCGGGCCCUCGGCGUGAGCUGCCGCCCGUGACAGCGGCGCCGCUCUGCUCGCGACCCCCGCUCCAGGCCGCUGCCGACGUCCUUGGUGCGGCCGCGUCGGCCGGUAGGAUGGGCGGUGAGGCGGGGUCCGCGGCGGUGGUGGGCUCCGAGGGCCGCGUGAAGAGUCUAGGUCUGGUGUUCGAGGACGAGCGCAAGGGCUGCUACUCGAGCGGCGAGACGGUGGCAGGGCACGUGCUGCUGGAGGCUGCCGAGCCGGUGACCCUCCGCGCGCUGCGCCUGGAGGCCCAGGGUCGCGCCACCGCCGCCUGGGGCCCGAGCGCCGGCGCCGCUGCCCCGGCAGCCGCCUCGGAGGUGGAGUACUUGAACGUGCGCCUGAGCCUGCGCGAGCCCCCGGCCGGUGAAGGCAUCCUCUUACUACAGCCUGGAAAACAUGAAUUUCCAUUUAGCUUUCAACUUCCAUCUGAACCUUUGGUAACCUCAUUCACCGGGAAAUAUGGAAGUAUUCAGUACUGUGUGAGAGCAGUUUUGGAACGACCCCAGGCACCUGAUCAGAGCAUUAAGCGGGAACUCCAGGUCGUCAGUCACAUCGAUGUCAACACACCAGCAUUACUAACCCCUGUAUUGAAAACUCAAGAGAAAAUGGUUGGCUGUUGGUUUUUCACUUCUGGUCCAGUCUCGCUGAGUGCCAAAAUUGAAAGAAAGGGAUACUGUAAUGGAGAAGCUAUCCCAAUCUAUGCAGAAAUAGAGAAUUGUUCCUCUCGUCUGAUUGUUCCCAAAGCUGCCAUUUUCCAGACGCAGACGUACCUGGCCAGCGGGAAAACGAAGACCGUGCGGCUCAUGGUGGCCCACGUGCGCGGGAACCACAUCGCCUCUGGGAGCACCGACACCUGGAACGGGAAGACCCUGAAGAUCCCGCCCGUGACGCCGUCCAUCCUGGACUGCUGCAUCAUCCGAGUGGACUACUCCUUAGCUGUGAGCACGGCGCUUGGUGACAUGGAAGACGUAGCAUGCGGCCAUACCUGGUGCCGUGUUACUGGGAAGAUGUGCCUUUACUACCCGGGAGAAUGUCAUGUCAUGUCAGCGCUACAACAGAUUGAGCAAUAUGUGAAGAUUGGCCUUUGUUCUUUAAUCAAAAACUUCCCCUCUGAGGUGUAUAUUCACAUUCCUGGUGCUAAAAAAUUGAUGCUUGAGCUGCCCUUAGUGAUUGGCACGGUUCCAUACAAUGGUUUUGGCAGCAGAAACUCCAGCAUUGCCAGCCAGUUUUUUAUGGAUAUGAGCUGGUUGACUCUGACUCUGCCAGAACAGCCUGAAGCACCACCAAAUUACGCAGACGUGGUGUCGGAGGAAGAAUACUCUAGACACGUUCCUCCUUACCCUCAACCCCCUAACUCUGAGGGGGAGUCGUGCUGUCCUAUGUUUGCCUGCAUUCAGGAAUUCCGAUUUCAGCCUCCACCUCUUUAUUCAGAGGUUGAUCCACAUCCUAGUGACGUAGAAGAGACCCAGCCUGUUUCCUUCAUUCUCUGAACAUAUUUCAGAAAUCACUGUGUUCAUCACCAAAUUAGAAUGUUGGUUCUUUCCCCCUGCCUUUUUGGGGAAGAGGGAGGGAAGAUUAGCUUAAGAACAUAAAUGAACAUCAAGACUGAAGGUGAUAGAAAUUAAAGAAUGCGUGAACUUUCCAGUGGGCCAACAGGAUUGUUGCACAAGUUUGUGAUGGGGUCUUGUAUCCCCGGAGAACUAUGGGACGAAGAUGUGAAAAGUCACAGAAUGUAAUGGAAGUCCUGAUGGUGAUAGAGUAAGUGAAGAGUGCCUAUGCUGACCCAAGAGAAAGGUGCCUGUAAACAGUGAAAACACUAUGCGAGCAUAUCUUUACAAAGGUUUCUCAAAGUAGAACAGAUGUAUCCUCAGCUUUAAGACGGUAUGGACGCAUUGGGAGGAGACUUGAUUUUGGAGAACGUAGCAGCACAAGGGUGUGCAUGAACAGGAAAGGGGCCCACUCUAAAUUAAACAUGAAGCGAGACCCUCUGGUGUCAGGGUCUUCAUGAUUUCUAACCAUAUUCCAUAGGACUGAAGUCCUUAAAAGAAUCCUUUUCUGAGGUCAUGGUCUUAUGAGGUUCUAAUGAAGUAAUACAGUUUUCACUCUUUUAAUGGUAGUUUAAGAGGUAGUUUGUAAGUUGGCUAUACAGUAUUAUGAAACCAAGAAAGAGUUCCUUCCUUGAAAGGCUUGUCAGUUGAAAGGGGAAAGGUGUACUUCAAUAUGAAAACACAUUUUGUUGAAAGUUGCACUUUUUAUCCCCUUUAAGUACUUUAGCAGGGUACAUGUUUGAUUUUCCUCAUGUCUUAUUUACCUAGGAGCAUAUUAGAAAAAGACAGGGUUAAAAAAAGAAAAAAAAAAAAAGAAAAAGGCUUGCAUCCUUAGGAUGCCUUGAUAACUGCACAAGGGGAGAAAAGGCCUUUUUUACCUACCUCUAGUGGGGUUAUCAGAAUCAGAUAUGUUUUAAAACUCCAGGCCGGUGACGUCUUCUUUGGAGUUUCUGCUCAUUUGCAGUAGCAAUCUCAUCUCUCCUAUCCCUAAACCUGAAACUGGACCAAGGGCAAAAUCUAUAAGGUUAACAUCAGUUGAAAGUUAAUAUGUGUAUACCAAAGGGUAUUUCAAAAUAAAUGCAAAAUCAAGGCAGAAUUACCAUUUUCCAUUUUUUUGAAAAGUCAUAUAAACUUAAUUUCUGUCAAGAGACUUAAGUCUACUGAUGGCAGUCACUGUGUUGUUCAUUGUUAUUCCAGUUCCUUAGUAAUUCUGUUUAAACUGUGAUUUUUUUUUAUUGUUUUGGUGCAAUAUUUUAUUAUCCUUUAACCUCAGGAUAUUCAGACCAACAAGAUUGUGUUGCUGCUAAAAGACUGAGCAGUGUUUUUACUGUCCCCCUGUCCCCUCCUAGUCACAGUCACAUGUUCACUUGUUUUUACUUUAAUCUGUUGGUUUUGUGAGCUGAGAGCAUUUCUGUACACUAAGUAGAAGGGAGGUAGGGGUUCCCAUGAUAGAGAUUUUGGACCAGCCCAGUACUUUGGUUUUCUCCAUGUCUUGAGGGUUAGAUCUGGAAACCCUGGUGCUUCCCAUGCAGAAUACUGUACUUCAUUCAACUGAACGAUUAGCUUUUCUUUCAGUCAGUGUAUUUCGUUAGAAAUAGAAAAGUUCUAAGGUUAAAUUUUGUAUGUAAAAAUUAGUUGGACAUUUGAUUAGGGAUUUUUAUACAAACAUUAGGUAAAUGUACGCUUUUCACCCUUGGGCAUACCUCUCUUCUCUGUAAUCACAUAAGCAUCUUAAGCCGUUCUUUCAUCUUUUAAGCCACUGAAUGAAAAUCACAGUACAAACUGUUUUACCAAUAAUUGUGGUACUGAAAUCGUCACAAAUCUUUUUUCCCUGCUUUGGUUUUUUGGUGAUCUUUUAUUUUGCUUUGUUUUUGUGGGUUUGUUAGCUAUGUGCUGUCUAAACAGUUUUAUUUUUACUUUAAAAAUAGAUCACCUUCAGCUAUUUCUUGACCUCUGAGUUGUAGUUUACAUGUUUUGUCAAGACAUUUUCCAUCUCCAUGAUACCAAAACAAAGUAAAAGAAACAAAACAAAAUGGUAUGGAGGAAGAGAAAGUUUACCUAUCUGGCUGCAAGUAGAAAAGCAACUGCUUACUGGAAUCCUUCACUAGGAAUGUUUUGUCACCUUUUUUAAAGAAAUCAUGAAGUGCACCCACCAAAUUAAAACAAAGCUGAUUUUUUAGCACUUAAGAGAAUAGCUAAAAGGUAUGAUUUGCCUUAUUGAAUUGAUAUUGGUAUGUCUGACCUUAAGCAGUAGGUUGAAACUGCAUACCUUUCUAUAAUCAAAUUAUUUGAUGAAGGUAGAAGAUUCUACAUUGGAACAGAGAAUACUUCGGAAUGAAGGUAAAAAUUUAGCUGCUAUUUGCUUGUUUAUUCUCCUCUUGCUUAGUUUGCAAAGAAACUGUGGCCUUAGAAUUUUCUUUUUGAUGCAAAAAUUUUGAAAUUGAGAAAGUGCAUCUUUUGGCACACAAAAUUCUUCCAUGGGCAGAACUUUACUUUCAUGUUUUUGUUUUGCACAAUAAGAAACUCAGUAGGCAGGGGUUAUGUUUUUGAUAAGUUAACUAUGAAAGCUUUUUAUUUUUAUUAUAAAAAUGUAACAAUUUAACCCACAGGGGGGAAAAAAAAAAGAUUGUAUUUUGUACUCUUGUCUGAACCCCAUGGGUUCCUUUUGUUAAUAAAAUGAUUACACUGAU